CGUACUAGACACUUGCGCUUGGAAAGCGAGGCAAAGCGUGCGCUCCUUGGACGCGCUAGAACGCCACGCCGUGAUAUUCGAAUUAUUAACCUACAGUUGGUUGCUGCGUAAUAUUUCUACAGAACGUUAACUUGCGUUCGCAUUUAUUUUACAGUCGCGUUCAUUUUUAUAGGCUAUAUAUGUAUAUAUGGGUAUAUAGGCUAAUCUGCAUUGCGCUCUUGGAGAAGUUCGUUCUUGAACUGUUGUUAUGGUUUGGAGGGGCUAAAUGUAAACGCAUAGUUGUUAUGGAGAAAUUCUGGAACGCAAAGACAUGUAAUGCACUAGAUUAUGCGCUGCAGUUCUAAUGUUAACUACACAGAUAUCUACUACAAUGUCACAGGCUGAGGUUGACAUGGCAGGUCUUGGCUUCCCGAAGUUGCCUGCGGGUUUUGACGCGGACUCGUUCUUCCCAGCACGCCUGCCGCCGAGACGGAGGAGACACUCGGCGAACUCCAGGAGAAAUUCCUACAGGAUUAACAAACUCCACACCAUGGACAUUGAGCCCCAGGGGAGCAUCGCACCUCUGACAAAAACUCUUUCGUGGUCAGCCGACAACAUUUUAUCGGAAGGUGCCAACGAGGAGAAAAAGACGGACUCUUCUCCUCCAAUGUCACCUGUUUCCAGCUCUCCACCUGAGACGCAAGACUCGGACCCGCGGCCAGCUGAUACCUGGGCCACCGAGGAGCCCAGCGCGCAGGAGGCUGAUGCCAGCUCGGACUCCGACGAUGAAAGCACCCAGAAGAAAGCUGUUUUGUCAAGAGCCCCGUUUGAGAGCAAACGCGAGCAGGAGGAGAAGGAUAAGGAUGAGGUUGAGACUAAAGCUGUGGCGACUUCACCUGAUGGAAGGUUUCUGAAAUUCAACAUUGAGAUCGGAAGGGGGUCCUUUAAGACAGUCUACAAAGGCUUGGAUACGGAAACCACCGUGGAGGUUGCUUGGUGUGAACUACAGACCCGAAGGCUGACGAAAGUGGAAAGGCAGCGGUUCAGUGAAGAGGUGGAGAUGCUGAAGUGCCUGCAGCAUCCAAACAUCGUCCGUUUCUAUGACUCCUGGAAGUCCACCAUGAAAGGACACAAGUGCAUCAUCCUUGUGACAGAACUCAUGACGUCAGGGACACUGAAGACGUACCUGAAAAGGUUCAAAGAGAUGAAGCUGAAGCUCCUCCAGCGUUGGAGUCAUCAGAUCCUAAAGGGCCUUCACUUCCUGCACACCCGAACACCUCCCAUAAUCCACCGAGACCUUAAAUGUGACAACAUCUUCAUCACUGGCCCCACUGGAUCUGUUAAGAUUGGUGAUUUGGGCCUAGCUACUCUCAAGAGUGCCUCAUUUGCCAAGAGUGUCAUUGGAACACCAGAGUUUAUGGCUCCAGAGAUGUACGAGGAGAAAUAUGAUGAAGCUGUUGAUGUUUAUGCCUUUGGCAUGUGCAUCCUGGAGAUGACCACAUCAGAGUACCCUUACUCAGAGUGCCAAAACGCUGCGCAGAUCUACCGCAAAGUCACCAGUGGCAUGAAGCCAGACAGUUUUUACAAAGUGAAAGUCCCUGAACUGAAAGAGAUCAUUGAGGGAUGCAUCCGGAUGAACAAAGACGAAAGGUACACUAUCCAGGACCUGUUAGAGCACACUUUCUUCCAGGAGAAUAAUGGUGUCCGUGUUGAGUUGGCUGAGGAGGAUGACAUGGUGAAGUCUGGCCUUAAACUCUGGCUUCGAAUGGAUGACACCAAGAAGCUCCAUGGCAAGUAUAAGGACAACAACGCCAUUGAGUUCCUGUUUGAACUCUAUAAGGAUGUCCCGGAAGAGGUGGCUCAGGAGAUGGUUGUUCUUGGCUUCGUCUGUGAGGCAGACUACAAGCUGGUGGCCAAAGCCAUUCGUGACCGUGUCACCACCAUCAAGCGCCAACGAGAGAAGCUCCGCCGACAAUCUGAAGAGGCACAGAGGCGGCGACAAGAGGAGGUGAUUGAGGAAGAACCCGAACCUAUUGUUGAAGCCGAACCUUCAGUUUCUAACCCACCUGCUUCUAAGCCUCCUGUAGAUAUGCCCGUUUCCACCCUUACUCAAGCUCCGCCCACUGUCACAGUGUCAGGCCCCAUUUCCCUGCCUGCAAACGAAUCUCUGGACUCUGGCUUCAACGCCAGCUUUGCCACAGAACCCGAGGAGCCAGACACGGACCAGCGGCAGCAUUUCAACAUACGUCACGCCAGCUACUCAUCAGCAACCUCUGACUGUGAGACAGAUGGAUAUCUCAGCUCCUCUGGGCUUCAGGAUCCUUCAGAAGCUCGAGUUCCUGUGGCAAACCAACCCUCCACUGCUCCACAACCAACCAGUGGAGCUCCUCAUGUGGAAACCCCACCCAUUGAAGCUCCACCCACUGAAGCCCCUCCCACUCCAGCUGCAGCAAUCCCAGCUCUCCGCUUCCCCUCGAGCAUUGCUGUGUCCCAAAACACAGAGAGGGCCCAGUCAGGAAGUGCCAGUGGUUUUUCUUCUCCUGUCGACAGCUACGCUUCUGAUGUCACCUCUGGUUUGAGUGAUGGAAACGAGGGCCUUUCGGAGAGAAGCGGGAAAGGUCAGAACAAACGCACAGGAACCAAGCUGCUCAGGAAGAGGGCUCGCUCACGGCUACGCAUUACUGGGCUGUCAGAUAAAGUGGAUCGGGUUGUAGAGUGUCAACUACAGACCCAUAACAGCAAGAUGGUGACAUUUAAAUUCGAUCUGGAUGGAGACAACCCAGAAGACAUUGCUGCAGUGAUGGUACAUAAUGAGUUUAUCCUACCUGGGGAGAGAGAGGGAUUCAUCCACCGCAUGAGGGACAUCAUCCGUCGAGCGGAGGCCCUGAUGAGGAGAGAGCCUUUGGAGCCGCUGGGCCCUAGAGACACCGCUCGUCUGCCUUAUCUGAGUGGAGUCGGCUCACUGUCUGCCUCACAGCCCAAUCUCCACACGCAGGGCCUCGCUCGCACACACUCCUCCUCCUCGUUGCCUGAUUAUACUGCUGCCAGUAUAGGGCCAGUGACCCGGGGUUCCUCACCUACACUGAGCGCCGACUUUUAUGUUGAUCCCGAUGCAGUUCCACCCGUCCGGCCCCUGCGUUCACAGUCCUUCCACACUACAGGUUCCUCUCAGACCUACCAGUCUUUUACGCCCAACUACCAGCAGUACUCCCACCCCGAUGCCCUGCCACAUCUCCUGCCUUACACUCACAACACCCACUUCGCCUACCCCUACCAAAUUGAUCACGCCUCCCUCAAGAGUCCCCUCAACCCAAGUCCGCUCACCCGCGUCCCCAGCAACCCAAACUUCUUCUCCUCCUCUUCGUCCUCUUCUGUUGUUUCACCGGUUCAGCAGUCAGUCGAGAUGCCAACUCUAGCUGAAACCAACAAUCUGCCGCUUUCAGUCGCCCCACCACCUGGUCCGCAAGCUGCAGGCAUGUGGCCACCGCCUUCCCAGCAGCCCCUUAUUUCACUGGCCAGUGUUCUUUCUAUGGCUAUGAACUUUGCACAUUCCUUUAUACCCCCUGGAUCCAUCCCUCAAGGUUUCCAUCCUCAAAUGACCCCUCAACCAGGGUAUGGCCCUAUGUAUCCAGCUCAGCAUGUGAGUAUGAGCAACGCUGAUGCUCCAUACUACCAGGGGGCACAGAGCGGCCAGUAUAUGGAUAUGUAUCAAUAUCCUGAUGCUCAUAUGCAGGUUCCGGCACCAGUUCCCGAACCUCAUGAAGGGGGCCAAACAGCAUCUCCACCAGUAGUCCCUCUUAGGGAGCCGAGAACAGUCACGGCCCCUGAGAUUAAACAGCCCAUAAACCCAAACCCCACAAACCCAAGCUCUUCUCCAGGGUCUAGAAGUAGCCCACUGGCAGAGAGCCAGUCUAACCCCUUUGGGCAGCUCAGAGAGCGGGCAGACAGUUCAGCAUCAAGCUCCCACACCCCAUCCAGCACAAGCUCACCAUCGUCCUCCACAUCCCCGAGCCCGCAAAACACUGUGUCCUCACCUGUCCCAAGGUCCUCCCCUACUCUAUCCAUGUCUCUGGCAGUGUCUGAAACGAAUACCGUCGCAGCCAAAUCUAGACUCUCACCUAUAUCUGAAGAGAAAAAGUCUAUUGUCACAGUGGGACGGUUCCAAGUCAGUCCAAGCAAGGAGAUCCCCAUUCCAACUCCCAGCCCAACUCCCAGCCUGACGCCAACUCCCACCCCUACAGCUACGCCCACAUCCAUACUGACCCAAACAUGCCCUACAAUAGUUCCCCAAGCCACGCCCCGCACACACAACAGCCAAUCAGACAGCAAAACAGAUGUACUGGUGGAAUCAGAAAGCAGUCACAGCUCUCUGAAUGAAUCCCCACCACUUAUCCAACCACCUUGUGAGGCUUUGUGCAACUCAGACAGCACUUCCUUGUGGACUGGAGAACCUAAAACACCGGAGAGAAAAGUUGUAGAACCAGACGAGGGACGAGGAGGUGAAGAAGGGGAGGAGGUGGGGGAUGAGACAGAAAGGAGGCGGAGGAGGAUAAGUGUAAGUUUGCUGGAAAGUUCAGCCGGCAGUCCUCAGUUCAAUCUCAAUCAGCCGUGGAUGAGCUACACUCGCAGCACGUCGUACGCUAGCAGCGACGAGACAGAGAGUGAAGACGAGGGAAUGUAUGAGGAGCUACAGGAACUCAGAGAGAGACAUGUGGCAGAGGUUCAGGCUCUCCAGGCCUCUCAAAAGCAAGAGAUUGAGGAACUCUACAAACGGAUUGGUAAAGUGCCCCCUCCUGGAAUCGUGUCGCCAGCGGCCAUGUUGUCCAGCCGCCAACGUCGUCUGUCUAAAAGUGGAGGGUACCCAAGCUCUCGUCGAAAUAGCCUGCAGAGACUGGACAUACUGCCCCCUACAGGUAUCAUACGUAAGAACUCAGUGAGCGGCAGCAGCAGCGGGUCACAGGAAAGGACCAGUAAAGGAGUGACCUUUGCCUCUGAUUAUACCAGAAUUUGAUUUCGUUUUCUGAGGAGCCCUUUAGCCUUCGUACUGCUCUCCUUAUGGACUGAAGUGACACCAUUGCUUCCUCCGAUGUGUGUGAGCACAUGUUUGUGAUGUCAGGAAAGGAGUGUGUGUUCUUCACAGACUGUGAUGUGAAUAUUUUUAACCAGUAUACCUCUGUUCAGUAUUCUAAGGAUGAUUUACUUACCUAGUGAGCUUCUGAAGAGACAGGACACUUGGAAGCACAGACUUUAUAUAUGGAACUUGUUUAGAGAUGUGAUGUAGUUGAUCUCAGCACGGAUUUAUGGAGAAAUGCCUACUCAUUUGCAGCUAUAGCACCCCUAGUGGUUGAAUGUACAAGUUGCAAAUGUGUUUUCACUUAUUAGGCAGUCCAUGUGGUUGCUCUCUAUAAGUCAAUUAGUUUUAUUCCAACUCCCAGGCCAUCAUAAAUACCCGAAUGAAUCGGUACUGUAAACAAAUUUAUUUUGCAAAAAUGCAAUUCAAUUCAAUACAUUCAGUCCUUAUGAAGACUUUUAGGCCUCACUGUAGGUUUGCUUUUAAAUAAACAGUAUCAUGUACAUAUUUGACAAAUUGUAAAAAUGUUCAUUACAGUGCAUGUGUGACUUUGUUGCUACAGUGUUUUUGCACUCUCAAUAAUUGCACAACAUAUUUUUCUGAACUCCCAUGACUUGCAGUGAUUUUAUUUCUUUUUUUCAUGAUACAGAUCUCUGAUGCCUCAAAUAUAUCUAAAAUUAAUGUAGAUGUUUUGAGUAACCACAUCGUAAAAACAACAAUGCAGAAUGCAAGGCCUUAUAUUUAGAGCUAAACCCACUUAGGUUUUGUUCUGAAAUAUUUAAAUGAGAAUAAUAAGCAUGUUUAAAUGCACUUGUCAAUCAAGUCUCAUUUAGAUAUUACGCUAAAGUGACUGAAUAAAUGAAUUUCUGGAGGUAACAAUCUAUCCAAAGUAUCUAAAACCAAAUUUUAAAGAACAAAUAGGAGACAAUCACUUAAAUAAAUCUGCCUUCAGUUCAUUUAAUGUCCAUACUGCCAUAUUUUUCUAAAUUGUAAUUAUACAUUAAGUUAAUUUUAGUGGGUACGGAUUAAGAAUUUAGUUCCUCCCGAUGUUAAAACUUAGCAUACGGUGUGAUUUUGCUUUAUUUAAUGGCUUUUCAGCUUAUGGCUGCCUAAUGUUUCCUAUAUUUGAAACUUUUCUGUCUUAAUGCUUUUACCCUUUGUUAUUUGUAUCUUAGUUAAUAGAGUGUGAAAUGAAGAUGUUAACUCAUGUUUUCUUAAUUAAAAGAAGAAAAUAGCAAACAACUGACACACCGCACUUUUCUUCAAGGCAUUUGCCAAUAGAUGCCACAGAUGAUCUGUAUAUAAGGACGCUAAUGAAUUGUGACGUGUGGAGUCUCAGUUUAUAUGCUUCGGCCUAUGCAGCGAUGUUACAUAUAUAUGAAUAUGUGAAGACAAACAUAAACAUAUUGAUAACUGAGAAACUGUGAAGUUUGAACAAUUGUUGCCUUAAAGUAUCUGCGUUUGAUUAGACAGCAGGUGUGUUCUACUGCAUAGUGAGAGAAGAUUUAUAUAUAGAUAUAGAUAUAUUUAGAUAAAGAGAAAAGCUGUAUUAUAUUAUGCAAAAAAAAUGUUGUACUGCCAUGCAGAUUGUGCCUAUGUUUUUUUUUUUUUUUACAUUUUACUGUUGAUUCCUGGAUGAAACAUGAUUGUUGUAAAUGUACAAAUAAAUAAUGAUUUGACAAAAAAACAAAUAUUCUCUUAA